CAAGAGCGAUGGUUACCCCGACGCGUUCCACGAAAACAGUUCGCACAUGACUAGAAAACUGAACGGACGUUAGAGUUUUUUGGGCAUUCAUAACAAAAGAUUGAUUUUUUGAUAUAUCAGUCAAUCAUUUUGAGGUUAUACGCAGUUGUCAAAAAGCGCGGGGAAAAUCAUCGGCGGCGCGAAUUUUUUUUUCGCGCCGCGUGGACAAAGGAUUGUGUUGUUGAACGAAACUUUUUUGUGCUCUCCUGAUUCGACUUCGCAAGUGUGUUGGGACCUCUUUAAUCGAAAAGAGCCAACAUGCCAUCUGAAGUGAUAUCGGAGAAGUCCCUCCAGCGAGAGCUGGCGGACUCCAUCAUCAGGAUGGUGCCGCUAGACGAGAUCAGGAUACUCCUGGCUUGUGGAGCCAAGGUCAACGAGCCCGUGACCCAAGGUCUCCGUCCGCUGCACUACGCCAUCUGGCAGCGGCACCUGGAAGCGGCCAGGCUGCUGCUGGUACGUGGAUGUGACGUCAACGCUCGAGACGACUGCGGGUACAGCGCGUUGCAUCUCGCUGCAGAGCAUGGGUAUAAAGAGCUGGUGAAACUACUCCUGGAGAGCGGCGCAGCGGUGGACUACAGGCCAGAUACUGGUGAAGAGUUCCCUCGUACAACGUUGUGCGACGAACCUCUGAGGCUGGCUAUCAGGAACAAGCAUUAUGAGGUAGCCCGUCUCCUGCUAGAGCACGGUGCGGACCCCAACAAGCGCUACUUUUUCGGCUCCGAGAUCAACCUGGUCUCUGAUCCUGAGUACCUGGAGCUGCUGCUGACGUUCGGAGCCAACCCUGACUCCAGGGACCGAGCUGGACUAACGCCGUUGAUGAAGGCUGCUAGGCAGAGGAAGGGCAUGGAUGCUGUCCUGUUGCUGAUCAGCUUCGGCGCCGACGUCAACGCGAUGGCGGACGCGAGGAACGACUACCGCACCGUCAUGCACUACGCUGUGCUGGGUGGCAAUACGGACGUGGUCAAUCUCCUGGUGAAGCAAGGCGCUCGGGUCAACUACCAGUGUCCGAUGGAAGUCAGCAAGCCGAGUCCGCUGGACUUGGCCAUUUUGAAGGGGGACGUGCCGAUGGUGGAACUGCUUUUGUCUGCAGGAGCUCAAGUGAACGCAUCGAGCUCGGUGAUCGGUGCUCCUCUACAUGUGGCCUGCUCCGACAACAUCACGAACAGGACGGAAAUUGUUAAAAUCCUCCUAGAAAGUGGAGCGGACCCGAAUCUGAAGGUAUUCAACGAUGACGACGGCACGCAGCUGCGGCCCGCGCUCGCCGAGUACUUGGCCAGUAACGUCGAGCCCAGCGCGGAGAUUGUGCAUCUACUGCUCAGAUAUGGCGCGAGGGUUAUCAUGAAAACCCAGUUCCGUGACCCUGACGGCAUCCUCAACCACCUCCAGAACGUAACCGCAGAAGAGUACCAGAACAUCUUUUACAUCCUUUUAGAAGCGGCAGAAGCCUUCGACCUUUGCAUGAUAAAAAGAAAUAGCACGCUCACGGCAGUUCAAAAAGAGACCCUAAUAGAAAGAGCUAAGAAACCUAUCUCCUUGCUGGCUCAGACUAGGUUCUUUUUAAGGAAGUACUUUAGGACCGCCCUUGUUGAUAUUGUCCAUGACUUUGAUAUACCAUCAGUUCUCCACCGCUACCUUCUUUUCGAGUGCAGUUAA